AUGAAGCAAAAAGAAGACGCACGCAGAGAAAGGAUCAGCAAACAAAACAUUAAAGUCAACGCCGAGCUUACAAUGUCUCCUCCGGAAACAAUGCCCUCUUCAAAAUACAACAACGUCGAGCUUAUUCCCUGGGAUCCCGACAGCGACAUCCAUGCGCAGCGGUUAUACGAGCAGCGCGUGGCGUGUACGUGGGACCAGGAUCUGAUUGACGAGUGGAAGGUGAAAGUGCGAGAAGGGAAGAAGUUUUUUUAUUGGAUUAAACUCAGCGAUGACUUUGCGGGAAAGGAUGAGUUGAUUGCAAAGCAUAUUGCGAAAUACCCGACAGAAAAAGAAGCCAUCGUCGAUACAGCAACUACUCUGGCCAAAUCAUCCCGAACGCCAACUCUCACAACCUUCAUGCCAAUCGGUCACAUCGCACUCGAUCUCUAUCCAGAGCGAAACACACAAUUCUCACUUCCCCAAUCUACAGUAUGGAUCAAAUCGCUCUACAUCUCACGGUACGUUCCAACUCUCAAGCCGCAACACCCAGUUAUCAAGAUCUCAUUUUUUUUCUUCUUCAGAACAAUGCAAUCCGGCGGUUUCGGCCGCUCGGCAAUGUACCAAAUCGAGCAUCUGGCCACCUGCCCACCUCUCAACGCCACGACCAUGGCGCUCGACACUUCGACAAAGGAGUAUCAGACAACGCCGCAAUAUCUGGCCUAUCACUCUGAGAUGAAUGGGCGCAAGAUUGAGGCAAAGGACUUCAGGUCCAACGAGGAGUGGUAUGUGCGACAGGGGUAUCAGGCUAUUGCGAGGAAUGAGCGUGGGUAUACGUGGGUUGAUCCGAAGACGGGCGUUGAGGAGGUGAUUCCGUGCGUGUUUCUGAAAAAGGACAUUGUUUGA